CAAAACAAAUUAAGUAUCAAAGAUAGCAAGUGCAUGACUUGUGCCCAGCACUUGACUUAGGGUGAAGCCAUAAGACUCAAAUUAGAGUUGGAUCGUCUGAAUUUUUUCUAGAAAUAAUAAUAUUAUUUUGGGUAAUAUCGUACAUAUAAGUAAGAUUCACAUUUCUUCAAUCUGUCUUGAAAUAUACUGCUUAGAUUUGAUAGAUAUAACUGAAAACCUAUAGAUUAUCUGGUGUUCUUUUCAUAACUAGUUUUUUGCUUUUGCAUGAUUAUUUUGAGACGUUUAGCAUAGUUCAUAUUUUUAAAUUCACAAUAUCUUUUCCACCUCUUUAAAUAAAGAGGCUAAACCACGAUGUAUAUAUGCUGUUUUUUGCAUGUAAAUUAUAAAUGACGGGAUAAAAUUAUCUUUUCAAAUUUUUAUUAUAUCAAAACUUAAUUUAAUAAAAUAAAUACUCGAUACAAAACAGUUGGAUAUAUAUGGGUAAAUUUUAAUAAUUUUUUUUAAGACAGUAUUAGAAAUUAAUACUUGUUGAUAUGUUUUGCACAUGCAUAAUUACUUGAUGACAUAUCCAAUGAGAUUUUUCAAAAGUUUUGUUAGUAAAUACAUUGUAGGAUUUUCUUUUCAUAACUAGUUUUCCGAUUUUGCAUGAUUAUCUUUAGAUGUUUAGCAUAGUUCAUAUUCUUAAAUUUACCAACUCUUUAACUAAAGAGGCUAAACGAUGAAGUACAUUGUUUUUUUUUGCAUGUAAAUUAUAAAUGAAGGGAUUAACAAUUUUAUCAUAUAUCAAAACUUAAUUUAAUAAAAUAACUACUCGAUAAAAAAAUCGGAUAUAUAUGGGUAAAUUUUACAUUUUUUUAUUAAGAUAGUAUUAGAAGUUAACACUUGAUGAUAUAUAUUUUUUCAUGCAUAUUUUUUUUAGAUUACUUGAUGAUUAGGUGUUUUGCCAGCAUAUGCAGACAUAAUCAUUUUAUAAAUAGUUAUUAUUACAUAUAUUAUCACAAUUGAAUAGAUCUCUCAUAGCUAUAUCUAAUGUUUCAAAAAAUUAUUUACAUAUUGUUAGAGCUUUGUCCGUAUAACAACCCAAGAUUCUUUAAUCAAAGCAAAUAUGCUUGAAGUGAACCAACACUUAUUGAACUCGCUGGAAAGAAACAUUAUGAUUUGUUGGUUUGUUUGAGUUUGAAAUUUUUAGAAGUGAUUAUGUGGAUAUUUUUUUUUUUUGGACAGUAGAACACUAAAUAAUUGUGGUGUUAAUUUUAAUAUUAUGUGUACACAAAUACAAAUAAAUUUUGCAGUUUAACCUGAUCGAACUUGUAAAUAAUUCGUCAUCAUAGAAAAAGUAUAUUUAUAUAAGAGUAUUUAUUGUUUUAUAUAAUAAUAAGUUUGUAUAAAUAUUAAUGGAACGAAAAAGAAAUUCAAUUAUAUAUUACCAUUAUCUAAAAAUUAUUUAUUAUGUUAUUGUCCAAAAUUUAAUAAAAAAUACAGAUAAAUAAUUGUUAACAAAUAUAAUAAAUAAAAUUAAUUAUUCAUUAAGAGUAUAAAAGAUACUAACUAGUCUAACUUUUGAACGAGAAAGUUGAAUGCGAAAAAUCACUUUACUAAUUAUAAUAUAAAUAAAUAGAUAUGUUUUGCUCAUGCAUAACUUUUUGUGUGUCGCAAACUUUGAGGGUACCUUCUAGGCCGAGGCACAACUUACAUAAUUGAAAAUAACAGCAAAUUUUAUGUGGUGCCACCGGGACAACAAUGAAGGAUGUGCGAUGGUGUUAUGUAGAUGCUUCAUGGAAGGAAAAAGAUAAAUCCUAUGGACAAAGUUGGUUUUCAUUCACAGGGGAUUCAACUGUCAAGAUCAUGGGGUCGAUGAAUAUACGACAAAGCCUAUUGCUUUUGCAUGCAAAAUGUAAAGCCUUGAUUUGGGCUACUGAGUGCAUGAUGAUUAUCAAAGGUGAAGUCUGCAAUAUACUGCUUUUAUUUGUUGAAGAUGAUGUUUAGAUUGAUGGAAUAUCCAGCUUUCGCGUUUCAUAUGGAAGAAAUUUAACGAUGUAAAGACAUAUAUGGGCUUUCCAUGAACUAAGUACGUAAUGAAGCCCAGUAUUUGCCCAAUCAUAUAAACUUCGACAAGUCGGCGAAACUCCUCCGGGGAAAUCAUAUCGCCGGGAAAAUUCGAAGUCAUGUCUAUUCGGAACUCUACGAGGUUUCGCGGCGGAGAUAACUCAGAAGACGCCGAUGUAGAUAACAUUGAUUUUACAGAAAACGAAGAGGAUGAAGAAGACGACGUUGACAACGGCGCCUCUGCAUCUGCUAACGACGAGAUCGAUCCACUAGACGCAUUCAUGGAGGGAAUCCACGAGGAGAUGAAGGCUGCUCCACCUCCCAAGCCAAAGGAGAAAGUGGAGAGGUACAAGGACGACGAAGACGACGAUCAUGUCGUGAGUUUCCUCAAGGCCAAGAAGGAUUUGGGGCUCACGCUAGCUGCGGACGCGCUUAACGCUGGUUACAACUCCGACGAGGAGGUGUAUGCUGCAGCUAAGGCAGUAGAUGCUGGGAUGCUGGAGUACGAUUCCGAUGAUAAUCCGAUUGUUGUGGAUAAAAGGAAGAUCGAGCCGAUUCAAGCGCUUGAUCAUAGUUCAAUUGAUUACGAACCGAUCAAUAAGGACUUCUACGAGGAGGUUGAAUCAAUAUCCAGGAUGAGUGAACAAGAAGCUUUGGAUUAUCGUAAGAGUUUGGGGAUUCGUGUGUCCGGAUUUGAUGUUCCUAAGGCAGUAAAGACCUUUGAGGAUUGUGUUUUUUCCACACAGAUCAUGAGUGCUAUCAAGAAACAAGCUUAUGAGAAACCCACUACCAUACAGUGUCAAGCUUUAGCGGUUGUGCUCUCUGGUCGAGAUGUUAUUGGCAUAGCCAAAACUGGUUCAGGGAAGACCGCAGCUUUUGUUCUUCCCAUGAUUGUUCAUAUUAUGGACCAGCCGGAGCUUCAGAGAGAAGAAGGUCCUAUUGGUGUCAUAUGUGCCCCAACCAGAGAGCUGGCGCAUCAGAUAUUCUUGGAAGCGAAGAAAUUCUCGAAAGCGUAUGGCUUACGAGUCUCAGCUGUGUACGGUGGAAUGGGGAAACAUGAGCAGUUGAAAGAACUCAAGGCGGGAUGCGAGAUAGUUGUUGCUACUCCUGGAAGGUUGAUAGAUAUGCUGAAGAUGAAGGCUUUGACAAUGAUGAGAGCCUCGUAUCUGGUUCUUGACGAGGCUGAUCGGAUGUUUGACCUUGGUUUUGAGCCGCAAGUGAGGUCUAUCGUUGGCCAGAUUCGUCCAGAUCGCCAGACUUUACUGUUUUCAGCCACUAUGCCUUGGAAAGUUGAAAAGUUAGCUAGGGAGAUCCUUUCGGAUCCCAUUAGAGUCACUGUUGGUGAAGCUGGGAUGGCUAAUGAAGAUAUUACACAGGUUGUCAAUGUGAUACCAUCAGAUGCUGACAAACUUCCUUGGCUACUUGAGAAGCUACCUGGAAUGAUUGAUGAAGGUGAUGUAUUGGUUUUCGCUUCUAAAAAGGCCACGGUUGAUGAGAUCGAAGCGCAGCUGACUCUGAACGGUUUUAAAGUUGCUGCCCUUCACGGUGAUAAAGACCAAGCAUCACGAAUGGAAACGUUGCAGAAGUUCAAAUCUGGAAUCUACCAUGUGCUAGUUGCCACCGAUGUUGCUGCCCGAGGUCUCGACAUUAAAUCGCUUAAGACAGUGGUUAACUACGACACUGCUAAAGACAUGGACAUGCAUGUACAUCGUAUUGGUAGAACAGGUCGUGCUGGUGACAAAGAUGGGGUUGCCUACACACUUGUUACGCAGAGAGAGGCUAGAUUUGCUGGUGAACUGAUUAACAGUCUGGUUGCUGCUGGUCAGAAUGUGCCUCAAGAACUCAUGGAUCUCGCCAUGAAGGAUGGACGAUUCAAGUCCAAGCGUGACGGAAGAAAAGGAGGUGGGAAGAAAGGUGGAGGACGAGGUGGUGGAAAUAGAGGAGUACGAGGAGUUGAUUUUGGUCUUGGUAUUGGAUUUAACUCGGAAUCAAGUGGGACAUCGUCUCAAGCUGCACCAAGUAAAGGGGUGAUCAAUUCUGUGAGAACCGGAGUAAUGGCCCAAUUCAAGAAUAGCUUUGUGGCUGCUACGCCAUCAAACCAAGCUUAUCCGAACAAGAGACCCGCCCUAACGGGAUUUGUCUCAGGUGGGGCCAUUGGUGGGGACAUGGGUAGAGCUCAAACUCAAACUCCCCCAGUAGCAACUAGUCAUCACUCGAGUCAAAAGAAUACACAGAGUUCUGAAGAUCGGCCAAGAGAGAGGAAAAGGAGAUCUGGUUGGGAUAGUUGAUUUCAAGUGUUUUUUACAGUAUCCUCCUUGUAUCAUCAUGUGUAAAAAACAUUAGCGAUACCUUUUUGUUUUAGCUCUCGAAUAUCUUUUAAAUGUCACACGUGUUGUUUACUAGCUACGAGAGAAUUAUACAGAAGAUAGAAACUUAAAA